UCUAUGGCAUUGACAUUUCGUAAAAAUAGUAAACAGCAUAGAGAAAGUAAAAUAAGAUUUUACUUACUCUAUGGUAAACAGUUAACGGGAAAAUACGCUAGCUGUUAUAACGAAAAAUCUGCAGAAAAUGUCUAAAAGUAAAAGAAAACUGUCGAAACUAAUUGCGGCUGAGUCUGGAACAGAUGAUGAAAGCGAACACGAACUUUCCUACUACGUUGAAGAUAGAGUGAAAUUAAUGAAGGAAGUUUUGAAGAUAAUCAAGCCCAAAAAGAUGAAAAGCAUGGCCCCUGAAUGCAUGAAAAACAUGGAUAUGCAGGAAAUUAACUCGAUGCUCUUGGAGGAAUUGCUGGGAAUUUCCAAUAGGAGACUCAAGUACAUAUUCGAAGGAAAAACUCUAGAAGAGGACAGCAGCACUGACGAGGAUCACGCUGAAGAUGUGAUUUCACUUGAUGAUAUCAGUGAUGAUGAUUUUAUUGUUAUCUCGGAUGAUGAGACGAAUAAGCCUCGGCAUAAGCAUAAAAGAAGCAGGAUUAAGAAAGAACCCACAGGAAAGCGCCGCGAUGUUAAAAAAGAGAAACCCGACAAGAAUAAAGUGAAAGAAAUAGAGCAGGUGAAGGAGAAACUUAGUCGGGGUGAAAAGGCAAACAGCAAAGAAAAGGAUGCAAUUGGCGAAGAGAAUUUGAUGAGUGUGUUGGAACUGCUUGAGCUCCAGGCUCGCGCCAGGGCGAUCAAAUCGCAGCUGGAACUGGAAAGCAAAAAAAAGCAAGAACAGAAAGUGACCGAAAGCAAUUCAAAAGCUGAUCAUCAACCGGAAGAUGACGAUGAAGUUAUCAUGGAGAUCCCGAAACAAGUGGAAAUUAUCAUCACUUCUAGUGAUUCAGAAAGCGAAGCUACUUCCAAACAGGAGACCGUUCAAGUAAGCAGCUCAACAAUUGCCCCAAGCGAAGCGGACUCCAGCAGUCAACUUAAUGAAAAAUCAACAGAAGGAAACGAUCUGGCGACUGAACAAACAAUCAACGAAGAAUCUUUACCUGUGAAUGUCGUCAAUCAUCAGACAAUGCAAGCUGAGAACAAAGAAGUUAACGCAAAUAAAACAGACUCAGACAGCAGCAGCAAUGAUAGUUUGCAGGUAAUACAGGAUCGCGUAAAAAGAAAAAACUUGGUCAAAAAAGUGCAUUCACACGACGAGAAAAUGCAAGUAACUGAGCCCCAAGAGUUGAAGAAAGAGCAACUUGCCAGUGAAAACAGUAAAUUAGAUAAAGCCAUUGAAAAAUUUAUAAAAAGUCAGCCGGUAGCGCCUGAAAACAUUGCACAGCGCGAGAAAAUGGAGCAGGAGAGAAACGACAGAGAUGAGAAGAACAAACUUCACAAAGAAAAACGACUAAAAAAACUGAAGAACGAAAUUGAAAGCUUCAAGAACGAUGUGGCUGUGGAGAACAGCAUGGUGAAUGUUCUGGAGAAUAUUGUCAUUAAACCCAAGCCGAGCAAUGUGGAUGAAUCUGAUGACCUGGUGAUCAAUGUUGAUCAGGAUGAUGUCGAUUGCAUGAUAUGCGAUUGAGUCGAUUUCAUUCAUGGGCAUUUUGCAAUACUUAUACAUAUGUAAAAAAUAAAAAUCAGCUUUUCCUAUCGCAAAACAAUAAUCAUCGAUCCAUUUCAGGCUGCUAAUCAGGAACAAACACAACAGGUUAAAUCAUAGAACGUUUAAUACCUUUAAAAUAACGCGAAUUUAGAAACUAGUUGCCAUGCCAAAUUCGGAACAUUAUAAAAAGUAUAUUAAAUCAAGAAUAAAAAAAUUCCAACUCUUAA